UGGAGAAAUGAAAGCUGAACAUGUAGAACAUAAGAAUAUGGUCCAAAGAUUGAACUCUCAUGCUCAUUUUACCAGGCUGUCCAAUGAAUAAAGUGCGCUAAAACUGAAGGAGGUGGACUUCAUCAAAGGGAGGGUGAAUCCUACGAGUUGAGCUUCCUCCACAGCGAGUGAGAGAGCGUGAAGAAAAUCUUUACGAAGACUAGACUUUCCCAAAGUCUUUCCUCUCAGUCUCCGACUAGAACAUGGACAGGCUUCGGUGGAAACAUGCACAUCCAGCACCACUUCAUUUAUGGCACAGAAGAUGUCACAUUUGUUCCUGAAGUGACGGCUCGUUAGUUCUGUCCUUAAAUGAAAUCAACAUGGGAAAAGUGCAAUCGAAAGCCGGAGAUGUUUUCAUGGAGGCUGAGUGUAUUGGUGAAGUGGACAGAAACAAACAGGAGGGAGACACCUUUGAGGGCACAGCAGCGUCCAGCGCAAGACCUGGCGGCCCUAGAGAAACCUCCAGAGGCAUCUGCGACAAAAACGGGUGAGAGCGAGGCCUUCAACAUCACUGCCGGAAACCAGAAGCGCAGGAGGAGACGCCGCCAGUAUGGAGAGAAAGAGAAGGAAAGGCAGGUGAAGAGAAAGGUGAAGAAGGAGAGAGGGAUGAAUGCAGUAGGAAAAAAUAAAGACGAGGCUGACGAAGAAAGAGAGACACUUAACCCUGAAAAGAGAAAGGAUAGAGGACAUGCGCUGCAGGAAAAAAGAGAGAUGGAGAGUCUAGAAAUUGUGAUGGAGGGAGGAAGCGAGCAUAGAGAGGUUGGAGAAAAAAAGAAAAGGAAGAAAAAACUGAAGGAGCAAAAGACUACUGAGCCAACUCCACGUCUUGUGGAGGCGAAACCUCUGCUCAUUCUAGUCACUCCUCCAGUGAGAGCUUCCUUACUGAAGCCAAUAGAAGGAAAACUUCCAGUGCUUUCAGGAGUCUGUGAAGACCUUCUUCCACCCGCUGCUCCCUUCAAGCCCCUGCCUCCAGUGACUAAACUGCCCGCGUGUCCUCAAAAUCCAGUUCCUGCACCAGAGGAAGUGUCUCUGCUAUGGCCUCCUCUUCAGGUGGAUCCUCCCGAGCCGCCGGCAGUUCCUCCACAUCCCACUCCAGCACCUGAAGAAGUUUAUCCUUCCAGUCCCGUGGGACCUCAGCCGCCCACUUCUUCUCAGUUUGAGCCGCCUCCGCAACUCACGCUCAUUGACAUAGAGGAUGACAUAGAGUCAGAGUUCGCGGACUACACAGGAACUAUCAGGCCUGAAAUUACCUAA